AUGUCGUCUUUCUUCAAACAACUCUUCCCUUUCAUGAAAGUCAAGAAAAAGAAGGAAUUUUCCUACAUAAUUCGUGGAGUAGAUCCCAAUACCGUAUGGAACCUUGUGGGCGAAUUGGGAGAUGGAAGCUUUGGCAAGGUGUACAAGGUAUGAUUAAACUACAUAUUAACUAUCUAUUUGGUAGCUUAUUGAGCUUUAGACACCGGCUAAUUCACGGUUGAUUCUACUCGAGAAGAUUUUAGCACCCAUUCAAGCAAUAAUGAAUAUCACAAUGCAGCGAAAUUACGAGUUCGUGAAAUAUUUCUGUUGUUAAUUCAAAGCUCGAUGGAUCAUGCUAUAACUCGUUCAAAUACUUCUUUGUACGUUUGGUACAAUUAAUAGAGCUGUCACUGAUUUAAAGCAGAAAAUAUUUUAUUUUAAUGUAGCUCCUAUAAAUUCAAGAAUCAGCUCAUUUAUUUCGUAACAGCCUUAGAUUUGUACCACCGCAAAGGCAGACAUUUUGUUUAUUUAUGUCAUGUUUUAUGCAAAAUAAUAUUUCAACAUAAUAUGCAAAAACUUGCAGCAUUAUUUUUAGCAAUGUUGAGGCUCAUUUGUAUGCACAAGGAAAACGGGUUUUAAUGACUUAGAUUUACAAAACUGUGAAGAUUGUUUAUUAUACUUCCCAGCAUGUUUUUACUUCCUCAUGUUUUGGUUUAAAAUAUUCCCGACUGCAGUUUUUCCAUAAGCUUACAACAAACUCAAUAAUUUGUUCUGUAAACAUUUAAAGCUUUUUAGCAAGUCAAUGGACUGUGACAAAGAGUUUUAACCCUGAUUUAUUACUACAUUAAUAUUCAUAGGUUAAGUUGUAUGUGCUGGUUAGUUUUUUUAAGUGAUUUUUAAGUAGAUAACAUAAUAGAAACAGGAAAGAAAUAGAAUUGCAAGAAGAUGCAAACAAUGACCAAGUGAAGGUUUCAAUAUAUUCUCUAUGAUGGUUACUUCAUUUUGGGCAUAGCAUGUUUGAAUUUGACAGCUGUCCAAUUGAUGUUCUAAUUGUGUACCAGAUAUAUCUUUCAAUGGUAGUAAAAGUAUCAGUUUCUUAGUAAACCUUCACUGCACUUUUUUUCACCUGCUCUUUGUUGAUGACUGUUCACCCUCAGUUAUGUUUGAUCUCCAUAAUAAUUCUUCUGAACAUAGGAAAGCCAAAUCAAUAAUAUUCAUUGUUUUAUCAUUCAUUCAAAAUUAUUCCUAGUUUAAAAAUGAGCUAAAACACGCUCACCUCGAUCCAUGUUAACUUCUUGUCUUCAAUUGCCUGUUUCUCGGCAAGGUCAGGAGAGAAAGGGAUGUUUACUUCUGCAGAUAUUCUUCAAAUAAAGGGUGCAAAGAAAGUCAGUUUUACAGCUUGCCUGAAUGGCAAGCUGUAGCAUACAUGUACUACCAAGCCUCAUUUUAACUAGCCCUAAAAACCUUCAACACUGGCUGGUUAUUUGACAAUAAUUCCUUGAGCCUGAAUGGGCUCUGAGUCAAUAGUCCAUGAGGCCGAAGGCUGAAUGGGCUAUUGACUCAGAGGCCAUUAGGAUGAGAGGAAUAAUUGUUUUAAUAAAAUACAACGAGUUUAUCAAAAAUAUAGAGACAAAACAACUUUAGCUAACAAAACGCGAUUCAGCCACCACUGUUUUGGUUUUCAAAGCCAGUACUUUUUCGCUAUUAGUGGGCUAUAACAUAUAGCCUAGUAGUAGCUUGACCAAUCAGAAUGCAGCUUUAAUAAUAGUCCACUAGUUGAAUUUUACUAAAAAGAAUUAUCCAUGGGAUUUGAACCAAAUCAGAAACAGAAAUAUUGGAAUCAAUAAUAAGAAUAAGAAUAAGCAGGGUGCAUAGAAAGUCAUUUUUACAGCUUGCCAUUUGGGCAAGCUGUAGCUAGCAUGUACCAGCCUGAAAGUCAUUUCAACUAGCCCCCAAAAUAUUUGAUUAGCAAGAUUGAUUACAGUUCUUCUGUUAUUUGAAUUCCUAAAAAAAUAUCACUUGCCUGUCGGGCAAGUUAAAAACAGAAUUCACUAGCCCGAUAGCAAAAUCCACUAGCCCUGGGCUAUCGGACACUGCUUUCUUUGCACGCUGAAUAAGAAUAAAUCAGAUGUACUGAGAAGAAGGAGGUUAAUCUUUGGUUGAUCUUCUCCAGCUAUGUUAAAGUUGUGUUAUGUCAGCAUUUGUGAAGUGUUCUGAGACAUACAUAUACACUGUUUUUGAUUUGCAACAUCAAGUGUAUUGCACCUAUAUUAUAUAUGUCUGUAUUGUGCAGAUGAUACUGAAUUGGGAAACCUUGAAUGAGAUACUGUAAGACUAAAUUAUUUCAAGUCCAAAUGAUUCUGAACUUGUUUGUGUUUUAUUUUGCUUAAUAUUAUUGUCUCAAUCUAGUAGUGAGUGCGCAUGUGAAUGAUGCAAGCAAGUAUGUGGAUUGGUUAAAAUUUAAAUUUAUUGAAACUCUGAUUGGAACACACAAGUAGUAUUCCUGUGACAUUUGUCACACACAGACAUUUUGCCAUCCACAAAUUUCCCCUAAUUUUUGCUCACUUACAGCUCAAUGACUUGUUUAACUUCUCAUGUGUUGUAGGCAGAACGCAAGACCGAUGGUGCUCUGGCAGCUGCUAAAAUUAUUGAUGUUAAAGAUGAGAGUGAACUGGAUGACUUUAUGGUAGAAAUAGACAUUCUUAGUGAGUGCAAACAUAACCAUGUGGUGGGAAUGUAUGAAGCGUACUACCAUGAAAAUAAGCUGUGGGUAAGUAGUGCAGUCAAAACACAAGUUUUCUGGCAACAAUCAGAAGCCAGAACGGCGGUGACCGUUUGGAACUGGUCUGGUAAGACAUUGUCCCCAGGGGUUCUUCUCGCCGUUCUUUACUUUUCUUCGUUCCAUAUAUAUUUUUCCGCCCAUUUAGACUUUCCCUCGCCCCCUUUAUCUGCCCCUGGGUCUCCGAGGAUGGGUUGACUCAUGAGUUAAGAUCAAGUGGCCCACAUGAAAAUUUUGGCUAUGGAGCAACUUCAUGUCAAACGUCAAACUUCUCAUGUGCCGAACCCAAUGCAUAAAUUACAAAAUUUAUUUUCUCUUGUAAGCGUUUUAGACCAUUGAACAUCGUGAAAGUUCGACGUCUGAAUCAAAUAGGUAUUACAUGUAAGCUCAUUACAUGAAAAGAUCGAGGUUUGAACUGGGUGUUAGUGAAACAGAAAGUCCAUCACCACUGUUGGAAAGAGUAUCUCAAAAUCAGUAAAGCUGCCAUUUUUUAGAACAUAAUGUUUUCUCCACAAAGUUACAAAAUUUUUCAGAGCUUUAUGUUGGGUUGGGGGCGGGGGGGGGGGAGGUAGAGGAUGUGUAACUUCUAUAGUUUAUAGAUGUUGAUGUACAUAAAUUAUGAGGAAAAGAGAGCUUAUGGAUGUUCUGUUUUCAUAGAUGAUGUUGGAAUUUUGUUCUGGUGGUGCCUUAGAUGACCUAAUAUUAGGUAGGACUUAAACACAUGUUACAAUAAAUCAUAUAUACAGUCCGGAAUAUCCCUAAAUUUAAGGACANUGUAACUUCUAUAGUUUAUAGAUGUUGAUGUACAUAAAUUAUGAGGAAAAGAGAGCUUAUGGAUGUUCUGUUUUCAUAGAUGAUGUUGGAAUUUUGUUCUGGUGGUGCCUUAGAUGACCUAAUAUUAGGUAAGACUUAAACACAUGUUACAAUAAAUCAUAUAUAGGAUAAAAUGUAAAAAACAUAUGUCUAGAUAAAAUAUUAUUUAAUGAUUUGAAUGGUUUUGUCCUUAUGCCUGUAUUAUGCCAGUUUAUAUGUAUCUCAUAAAUGGACAAAAUUAACUGUAUCGUUGGAUACCCACGUGUUUGUUUGGUGCAGCUCAGAAACAACAGUCCAAAAAUUUGUGUGCGAAAUGCAUAUAUGCAAUUUGUAUUUGUAUAUAUGUGUUCAUCUUAGUGUGCGUGCAUCUCUGAUGCAUCUCAUUAGUAUGUAUGAGCUAGCCUAUAAACCUCUUUCACAAUGGUAUGUCACUGAGACAAGCAUAAGAAAAUGAAAAAGUUUUAAUUUUUUGUGUAUGUUUAUGCUUGUGCUUAUGCUUGCACUGCACCGGUUGACACAUUGUUUUCUAUCUUUGUUGCUUAAAGCUGUAAGAGCCAUUUCUUGUGUCCAUAAGAAAGUUAAUUUUAGAGUACCUAUCCAAAACUUUGCAAUUGGCCAAAACCAUCAGAAAACAUUUUUUCCUUUGUGGGAAAACUAUUAUAUCUUGCUGCAAGCUAGUAAGCAAAGCCACUUGAAAACACUGACUGAGCUUGAUGGUCUUUCCUCUCUUUUGUCUCCCAAUCAUUUUGCUUCUUCUAAUGUUUUUCUCUUUCCAAUCAGUGAUCUUUUACUAAUGAUUUCAUUCUUGCAAGAAAUGGUUUCCUGAAUGGCAAAAUUAUUUUCAUUCUAAGAAGUUGUUUGCCAUCACACGUCGUUUAAGGGUAGCCUGUUCCAGGCUCCGAGAUAGUCGGGUCCACUGAAUUGAGAAAGGGCAAACAUAAAAAUAUAAUGGGAGGAAACUAGGGAGAGCAGGGGCAGCGAAGCCUGUAAUCAUUUCUUUAAACGACCCAUUUGACAGAUUAUAUCAACACUCUCAAAGCGGGUCGUUUCAGUCACUCAGAAAGAUGGCGUGCAGCUCCCACGCUUGUGAAAUAUGAGAUUUCCCACACAUAGGAGCGCUGAGGAAGGAACAGAAGACCUGGCUUGUGAACUUGGCGCAAGGAAAAGAUGUUUUUGUAAUCCUGCCGACCGGCUUCGGUCUUGCCUGAUAACAAAAUGGGUAAAAACAGAACAGUUGCAAGAAGGAGUUAUCUAUGCGCUGCAGUCCAGACUCGCAUUAUCUUUAGAUCUCUUUAGAAGAACAAGCUGGAGAAUCAAUCUUAAGAGCAAUCUUGACUGACUCACAACGUAGUUCUCCAUAUUUAAAGAAGCUUCAGUUUAAGCUUCAGUUGUCACGACCUCUCUACAUGAAACAAGUGGCAAAAAUCACAUAGUUUGCUCAGUCAAAAUGUAGACCCUUCAGAGCAUAAUCUAACUGUAAGAGAAAAUAUUCAUUGGAACAAGCAGCAUUUUCGCAUGGGGUAAAAGUGGUGUGUUGCCUACCGACCCGCUUUUUACACUCAAGUUGCUCACGGUUGUGUAAGGGAUUAGCGCCAUGUGAAAUAAUUUUGCGAGAAAAUUUAAGAAAGAUUAUUUCAACAGUUUGGCAGCUGAAAUCUAAUUAUUUCAAACGUGCCAAAAGUGGGCAGAAGAGGGUUGUGAAAGAAAUGAUUGCUGGCUCUGUUUCCCCUCCUUUUUCCUUUUUCCCACCCCACCAACUUUUCACAUGCCUUUUUCUUUCUCGUCUUCCCCACUAUCUAGGAGCCUGGAACAGGCUAGUAGAAGGGUUAUGUUGUGGUUCAGCUUUAUCAUUGGUGUUAGAUUAUAUCUUUCUGUAGUUUUAAGCUAUCUUAUGUACGAUAAUGAGUUUGAAACAAAGGGAUAGAACAUUAUUAUAAAAACACAUGUAUGUGCAUGUAUGUGCCAUAUGCACAUCCAGGUCUUUAACCAUUAUGCUGCUAACUAGUCUUUUAUAUUUUGGUAGAACUUGAGCGGGGUCUCACAGAAGAACAAAUAAGAAUUGUGUGUAAGCAAAUGUUUGAGGUAAUGUCUCAGCUGUGUUGAAUAAUGCAUUUUUUGAUAGCAAGGUAUAUUAAAAUUCCAAACGCUCUCACAUUAAAUGGUUACAUUUGUAUUUGCUUCUUCAGUCAUUAUUUUACCUUGUGUUUAAAAGGGGUGCAUGGAAGAAAAGCUUAAUGGAGCUAUGUCACACUGUUUCCUAUCUUUUUAAAAAGCUGAAAUUUAUUUAGCAUCAAUUGAAUUCCAAAAAUAAUGGUUCAAUUUUGUUAUGUAUAUGACUUUAUAUGAAGGCACUGAAACUGUUUCCUGCUGUCUGUGGCAACAGAUGGCAAGGAUGGACAUGGACUGAAACUUGAAAAAGCCGGGCCGACAUUUUCAAGUUUACAUGCUUUACCUGCAAAAAUAACCAAAAACAAUGUUGUGGUUGAUGCUUCCCAAUUCUACAGGAGCAUAAUUUUUGUGUACGGGUAAAGGUGUUGGUAAUGACUUCAGUGCAGAAUUGAACUUAAAGAAGAUUAUCCUUCUGACAAUUAGGCCCUUUAAGUAAUUUCUAUUUAAAUGGCUGCUCUUUAGCAGUUGGCAGUUUGGUUGCCAAGGUAAGUAGGAAAAACCAGCCCUGGCUCCGUAUUAACAUGGGAAGCUGUGGUUUUGUUAGACGUGUCUAUGGUCUUUGUGAAGGUAAAGUGGGUCAAACAUUUGGAUAAAAUGUCACUUAGACCCAUUAUUUUUUUAAAUAACAAUAUUUGCCCCUUUCCUCCUGGUUCUCUGGGUAUUAAUCCUUGAGACACUUGUAAUGGUUGCCAUAAAGUUGGUUAGCCCAGCAUGCAAAGAAAAUAGUGUCCGAUAGCCCGGGGCUAGUGGAUUUUGCUAUCGGGCUAGUGAAUUCUGUUUUUAACUUGUCCGAAAGGCAAGUGGUGUUUUUGGGGAAUGCGAAUAACAGAAGAACAGUGAAAUCAGUUCUGCUACUCAAAAAGUUUUUGAGGCUGGUUGAAAUGAUGUCUGGGCUAGUAAAUGCUAUAGCUUCAGCUUGCCCGAAUGGCAAGCUGUAACAAUGGUUUUUUUUUGCACCCUGUUAGCCAUUUUGAUUAUAUCAAAACAAAACUGCAGAAACUAACUCUAAAACAACCCAUGUUUUAUUGCAUUAAGUUCUCCUUUUUUUUAGCCACAUCCAUUUGCUUAGUGAACUUUGUGUGGUUUUGUUUCCCUUUUUGUAGUGUCUUCACUUUCUACACACCCAUAAAGUUAUCCACAGAGAUUUAAAAGCUGGGAAUUUGCUGCUCACAAAUGACGGGAACAUUAAACUUGGUACAGUAUCUGAUGAAUUUUGUUUAAAUAAGGUUAUUUUUAGUUGUGGGCGACAAGAGGAGCCCCCGCAAUCCUAAUCUCCAGGAAUGCACAUUAGUGAGAAUGCAAUUUGAUCACGUGUCUUUAACCAUCUAUCACAUAAACCUUAUGCAAGUACAGCAUUACAGCAAAAGCGUUUGGACCUUCGAUCGUUGUCGCCUGCACUCCCUAACCUUUGGUUAUUACUAGUAUAAAUAUACUUUUUGUUUUUAUUCUAUAUACCAAAGGUGAGAUAGAGUUGAUGAUUAAUAACAGUCUUGAGUGAUUAACCCUACUGGAUGUUAUUGAUAAUAGCCAUAAUGACUCUUUUAAAUAAGCAAGUAAUUUGCUCUAAAGGGAAAAGUAAUAUACACUCCAUUUAUUGGAUUGUGUUUUAGAUUUUACCUCUAGGAUUUCUAUAGGGUUGUGUCAAAGUGUAAAUGAGUGGUCAUUUCAAAGAUUCCCGUCACUACCAAUUUAUAUACUACAUGUACCUGUUGGUGUAAUGGUGGUGAUGAAUAGAUGAUGAGCUAUCUUUGUGUGCUAUUGUUAUGCCCACAUAUUUUUGUCAGGCUUUUAUGAUCCUCAUCAGAACAUUAAAGAGAUGUGCAAAAUUGUUACACAAUUAUGUCUAAAAGCUUUGAGGUUAGUAAAGGAAAGAGGGGAUGGGGAUCUUGUACUUAAGCAUUUCAAACCUCUCAGGGAAUGCUCUAGCCCCUGCUUGUUAUUUUGUUUGCGUCAUUGCUUCAUGUUCUAUUGCAUUCCUUUCCUUAUGAUGAACUAAAACCUUAGGGCCAAUAUUAUGCCAUACUACCUUAUACAGACUAAAGUAAGAGGGUAUAAAGGAGAAUUUCCCGGAAAUCAUUUGUGCCUUUGGUUGUUAUGUUGUAGCUGACUUUGGGGUUUCUGCCAAGAAUAAGAAAACUGUACAAAGAAGAACAACUUUCAUUGGAACACCUUACUGGUGAGUUAGAAUAGAUGUUUCAUUCAGGACUCAGAUUGCUGAAAACAGAAGAAAUCAAUCAAAACAAAACAAAAACAAACCUAGUUCAAUCCAAAAACCCUUAGAUGGACCGAUGGGGAGCGGAUUCGGUUGUAAAACGGGAUUCACUCUUCAUGUUACAUUCACAGUUAGUUGGCUCAGGGGAGGGGUAGGUGGGCAGUUCUUCAGAAACCUAAAUUGAUCCAAAUUUUCUUGAUUAGCUGGGCGUUAUUAUUUAUAGAGUGAAUCAUGGGAUGUAGUUUACCAGAUUCAAUAUGCAAUAUGCAAUAUCUUAAGAACCGAAAUUACAAUGUAAUAACCAUAUGUUAAGCCAAAUGUUUUAUUGGCUGGUAUUUCUUUGAAGUAACACUUAUUGAUUGUAUGUUAUUUUGUAGGAUGGCUCCAGAAGUUAUUGUCACGGAGACAUGCAAGGAUGAUCCAUAUGAUUACAAAGUUAGUAGAUAUUCAUCAUGAAGUUAUAUGCUGUGUCAUGUAUAAAUAUUCCAUACAGAGUUUGAGGUAACUGUAAAUAUUUCGACUCACUUAAAUGUGAGAGGUCAAAUGAAAAAAAAAGGGGGGGGGGAAGUCAAGACUUAAUUUAUCUUUAUUUCUGUAUGCCCUGUAUGGUUUUGCAAAAACAACGUUAUAUUAAUGGUAAGAAAAUGCUUGCUACUCGGCCUCAUCUCUUUACUUAUUUGCAUUUAGUUCGUUAUUUAAUGCAUUACUUUUUCUUUGGGUUGUUUUCCUACCCAUAUACCUUUUCAGUAACUGUGCUCACAUUGUGGGUGGCUCCUCCUGAAAUGUCCUGUUUGAUUUGUUAAAAUCUAUGUUAUGAAUUCACUACCUUUAACAAGUUUUGUUUGUUGACUUAUAUGCUGUUCUAUUUCUUUGCCAUCAUUGCUCUGUAUAUUUUUCUGUUUAUUUUUCAAGUUGUAAUAAAUUAUUAGUUGUGUGUUCUGCAUUUUGUCACAGUUUAAUAUAUUUAGCUGUUAUAUUUUGCACACUGUUGUAUCCCUUGUGGGUUUAAAUCAAAGCCACUAGCAGGUUCUAUUUCUUGUACUAGAAGUGGACAAGGUUUCAUCAUUUACAUUUAUACAUUAAAUAGAGAGUUGUCCCCUUUUGUAAUUUAAAUCUUAGAUAUACUGAUGCAGUUGAUAUGUUUUUUUGACAGGCUGAUAUUUGGUCUGCUGGCAUUACACUGAUAGAGCUGGCAGAGAUGCAGCCUCCAUACCAUGACAUGCAUCCCAUGAGAGUGUUAUUUAAAAUACCUAAAGCUGAUCCUCCUCUGCUGCAGUUUAAAAACAGAUGGUAAGUUGUUGAAUCUUGAUGCAUGUUAACUAAAAGGGACUUAACCAAGACACAUUGCAUCCAUGUGUAAAAAUGGGAUAAUUUCUUUUUGAACGUGCAGUUGACCAGCCUCAUCCAAAGGGGACUGCAACACAUUUGCCAUUUGCGUGUGUGGAUGCACCAUCCUUUACCACUUGUAGUAUCAUAAGGGUUAACCUGAGCAGGAACCAGCAAUGCUUCAAAGUAUGUCCAACGUAUCUCUCCAAUGAUCGCUGAAAUGUAGUAGGUGCAUUUGUCAGUCCGAAAGGCGUCAUCAAAAUUUUAAGGCUAAAGGGAGUAGCCGUUUACAGCGUGAUUGUACGGUGGAACCCCGCCUUAAGACUACCCUGUGUACACGACCACCUCUUAAUCACGACUACAAUCUAUUGACCCAAACGUAAGAAACACUGGACAUUAUUAAUUUGAAGAUUCCAUUAAUACGACAAUCUCGUUAUUACGAGCACGAUUUUAUGGCCCAACAGUGGUCACAUCAGCAGGGUUUCACUGUAAAAGCUGUUGAGAUCUAGGGACCAUUGCUUAUAAUCAGUUCGAAAAACANGGCAUUACACUGAUAGAGCUGGCAGAGAUGCAGCCUCCAUACCAUGACAUGCAUCCCAUGAGAGUGUUAUUUAAAAUACCUAAAGCUGAUCCUCCUCUGCUGCAGUUUAAAAACAGAUGGUAAGUUGUUGAAUCUUGAUGCAUGUUAACUAAAAGGGACUUAACCAAGACACAUUGCAUCCAUGUGUAAAAAUGGGAUAAUUUCUUUUUGAACGUGCAGUUGACCAGCCUCAUCCAAAGGGGACUGCAACACAUUUGCCAUUUGCGUGUGUGGAUGCACCAUCCUUUACCACUUGUAGUAUCAUAAGGGUUAACCUGAGCAGGAACCAGCAAUGCUUCAAAGUAUGUCCAACGUAUCUCUCCAAUGAUCGCUGAAAUGUAGUAGGUGCAUUUGUCAGUCCGAAAGGCGUCAUCAAAAUUUUAAGGCUAAAGGGAGUAGCCGUUUACAGCGUGAUUGUACGGUGGAACCCCGCCUUAAGACUACCCUGUGUACACGACCACCUCUUAAUCACGACUACAAUCUAUUGACCCAAACGUAAGAAACACUGGACAUUAUUAAUUUGAAGAUUCCAUUAAUACGACAAUCUCGUUAUUACGAGCACGAUUUUAUGGCCCAACAGUGGUCACAUCAGCAGGGUUUCACUGUAAAAGCUGUUGAGAUCUAGGGACCAUUGCUUAUAAUCAGUUCGAAAAACAGCCUAAAAAGCCCCAAACUUCUGUUUGAAAAACAGCAGGAGAUGGAGAUCUACCUUUCAUGGGUUAGUGGAAAUCGACCCUGUGCGUUUUUGUGCGGUGCAUGAGCAGACAUUUUUCGCCAGUGAAACUUAAACCACAAGUAAAAGAACCUAAAAGAGAACAAAAUGAAACUCUAGUUAUUUACAAGCGCCCAUAUAGGUAUAGAACCAUGCUGGAUUACAAUUCUGUUUGGGUAUAAAGAAGGUCCCAGUAACUCCUAGCUAUAUGUUGACUGGUGUUUCACAUUUUGCACAAUCAUCUAGCUGGAUUUUUGAAAACGUUACUGCCGAAAAAACUGUCUCCAAAGUAGCCAAUAUCAAUACUAAGAGUGCAACAACUGCUUCGGUUUUUCUUAUUUUUUGGUUCUCCUUGCUCUUUCUGGUUUCCCAUAAAAGAUUGCCAGAAUUGUUUAGAAACAUUUAAAAGGAUUUUUGAGAACGUGCCUGGCGAAGUUUGCAGCCAUUUGAGUGAAAAAGGACCAAAAGGCGAGGGCUUUUGCGUCCGAAAAGCCCAAAAAUAACACCAGCAGAGGAAAAGGAAAGGAAAGAUAGAAUGAGUGAGGAGGAGGGAUGGAGGAGAAGAAGAGGAAAAAGGCAAUGAUGGCACUCUUAGUUUCUAUGCUGGUUACUUUGAAAACAACUGCUUGACGGAAGAGGACUUUUUGGCGGUAAAGUUUUCAAAAAUCCAGCUAGAUGUAUAUUAUAGGCAACUGUUAAGAAGAAUACAGAAAUACAGUUCAGGAAUAAAGGUCAAACAUACUCAAUGAGCACAAGCGCAGUUUUCACUUUGCAAACAAAGAGGGGCAGGGGCACCCAACGUCAAUUUUCGGAAAAUAUCUGUUCGGAAGACGAUUUGUGAUCUAGAAUUUUCGGAACAUUUGUUGUAAAAUUUCUUGCUUGUCUGCCUCUCCUAGGAUUUUCGAACAUCUAAAAUAUGGUAUAAUUUCCCAUUUUUAACGGAUUUUUUACCCUAAAAAGAUCAUCUAGAAUUUUCUGGAGCCCUUUUUUCUGGCUGAAAUUUUCGAAAAGGUAAGUUUUGAUCCCCAUAAUUUUCGGAUCAUUGGAAUUUCAGCUAGGAAAUCCGAACACAUCAAAAAUUUUUAGGGGAUAAAAAUAUGCCUAUAUCUACCGUUUAAAUACUUAAAUACGUUUAACAAUGCUAUGUUUAAGUUGUUUUGAACUAUAAUCUCGUUGGGUGCCCCUGGAGGGGAUAGUUGUGAUAAGAAGACGGCCUAAAUAGCUUGAAAUUGUAGAAUUAAGUUAGUGACCCUCUUCUUUAGUUUAAAGUUGUGUUGGCCGAAAAGUUGUCUGACGGAUGGCGUUCAUUUAUUCAACAGGUCUAAUGACUUUCAUGAUUUUCUUUCUCGUUGUGUUGUAAAAUCUGCAGAAAUGCGAUCAUCUGCUGCUGAGCUUCUUGAGGUAGGCUGAGACACUUUUACUUUGUGGUGUACAUGUAGCAUGUUCUGAGAAGAAUAAAAGAUAGACUAAAGAAGAGUGGAGGCUAAGUUAGUGCUACCUUUUAAGUGUGACUAGCCUUCGUGGCGGGCGCGCGAGGCAGGCGUUCAACUAGCAAGGGAGAACUUAGACAUGCCAGAACUCAAUGGGUGCCUUUUCUUUCCCUCGUGCGCCCUUCGCUUUUGCCCGCACCUGAAUGGUAAUCGGUCAAGUCACCCGAUUGAAAGUCAGGGUUCGGUUUACUUGACGUUGGCCGAGAGGGGGUCGGUUGCCCGCAUAGUAUUCUUUGGUGCGCAGCCGUUACGGCACUUAAUUUUGCGUACUUGUCUUUCUCAAAGAAUAAAAACAAGGAAACGAUUUGAGGCUAAAAAGUUGUCAUAAUGGUAUACCAACAGCUUCAAAUUAAUUUUGGGCGAGAUGAAUUUCAGUCAAGGUAACCUUUUCGCGCUUAGAAUCAAUUAUGGAAAGGUUAGGUAAUUCAAAUUCUUGAGUCUUCGGACGAAAUCACGGGCUAGGCCCAUUAAGAUGGUAUAUCUUUGGCUUAGCUUGCGUAGCAAGCGUAUCCAAUCGAGUUAUUGCGCCAGAGUUGGAGCAAGGCAAAAGACUGAAUGGAGAAGGUCGUCCAACUUUCUCAACGAUCUCGCGCGGAAACGCAAUCUACGCAAGCUAAAAAGUCAAUGCAAUGGUAACAUGUUUUUAUCCAUUACUGCAAGAAUAAAGUUUGGGGUUUAAUGACACUCUAGAUGUGUAAUAUUUUAUCGGAAUCACCGUUUUGUCGCCUUUCUUCAGCAUCUAUUCACUGAAUUGGGCUGGAUGUUUAUUAUAUGAAUUACCUUUCUGUGUUCAUUUCUUCUUUAGCAUCCUUUCAUUACCGGUGUUGUUGAUGGCAAACCAUUGAAAGAACUUUACAAUGAAGCCAAGGCCGUUGUGAUUGAAGAACUCGAG